GUGUAAAUGCUAACUAACGUUAUCAAUGUGAAUGAAGCGAAUGCCAACUAGUUACCUAGCAUGCUUCCUGACUUGUUAGCUUGCACUUCGCUUGCUAUUUAACUGUUAUUCAUAGCUAACUAAGGAGUUACAUCGCUAACAUUUGUUGUGCGCUCUGAAAUGUUACGUAGUUAAAUUUAUGUUGGUUAGACUUGAUCAAGUUUAUCAAAUCCUGUCUAAAUUCGCCUGAAAAUAUUGCAUACUGUUGAACUCGUAGCUGUUGAAAGUAAUUCUAACUAUUCUAAGCGGGAAAAUUAGCCAUGUGUGGAGUGUAAUGUUAGUUCGCCACAACGCUCUAGUUUACUAACAAGAUGAUUAGCUAAGAGAAAUGUAUAAUUUUAUUUUCAGGCAGGCCUUGAAACUGGGCGGUGUUUGAGUUCAGCAGGGAAAUGACUUCAGAAAAACUUUCUGAUACACUGAAAGAUGUUGUUGCUUUUGUUGACGUUUGGUCAUCCAGCAGGACUGAGAACUAUUCUAAACCUUUCAUUCAGCAGUUACAAGAAAUGGGAGCUGAGGUGUCAAAGACAUUUGAUAAACAUGUAACCCAUGUGGUGUUCAAAAAUGGUCAUCAGCACACUUGGAACAAAGCCAAGAAAAGGGGUGUGAAGCUUGUGUCAGUUCUCUGGGUUGCCAGAUGUAACGAUUGCGGUGAACACAUUGAUGAAGAGUUAUGCCCUGCUGUAAAUGAAGGAACCCACAGGAAUCCAACGCUCAACAAGCGAACGCAUCGAUGCAUGCAGCCACGGGACAUUCCUGAAAAGACCCCGGAGAACAACAAGUUGAUGAAGAGGAAGCUGGACCGAAUGAUGAAGAGCCUGGAGGUGUCUUCGUUCAGCUCUCCCGAUGCUCCUGACGCGUCCCCGUUCCUCAUCGACAAGGCGAGCGGGGUUAUCUACAGCCCGUCGUCCCAGCGGGCCAGCGACAUGGCGCAGCGUCUCAAAGUCAUGAAGGAGAGGAGGGAGAGUCUUUCACGCUUAGACUCGUGUGAUGAAGAUGACUCCAGUGAUCUGGAUACAUCCUUUAGUGACUUUCAUAGUAGCUCUACUGGCAGCAAAAGUGAGGCAACAAAAGGAGAGGUUCAACACCCCCACAAAACACCCACUUUUGAUUUGGGUACCACUGGAUCCGACAUUGAAAUGAAUAGGAGUGCUACAGAACUUCCCAGAACUGACACUAAAAAGCAGGCGUUUGUAUGUCAUCGAGCGAAGAAAGAGACCGCUGAACGUCCGUGUCCUCAAGGGCCCCGUAGUGAAAGAAAACCGCCAGAACGCCAAAAGCUCUCAAACUCAUCCAUCCAAAGCGGGGCGCUCGAGUGUCAGACAUCCCUGGAAAGCCCUUGUCCGGGUGUGUUAUUAGCAGAAGGUGUGAACACUCAAUCGCCUGUCGGACUCGACGGCUGGGUUAUCAGAAAGCAGAGGGAAUCGUCUUUUAAAUGUGACCAAGCUGAAAAGGCCAGAUCACAAAGCCCUGGUGUCACAGAGCCGUUUGGUGGAAGUGAAAGCACACCCUCAGUAGAAUCAAAGCGCGUUUUAAAUACUGAAGGAACGGACCCCUGCGGUCAGACGAAAGCGUCCAAAGUCUACAGCCUCUUCAGGGCGGUCGGCCGGUCGGUAAAGAAAACAUUAGUUAUGACGAGUAUGUCCAUAGACAGGCAGGACACGGUGCUCCAGGUGGUGAGCAGCCUGGGGGGGUUCUCUUUGGCGGAGGCGGUGGGAGUGGGCACCACCCACGUGGUAACGGGACGGCCGCGGCGCACCCUCAGCGUGCUGCUCGGCAUCGCCCGCGGCUGCUGGAUCCUGUCCUUCGAGUGGAUCUUGUGCUGUUUGGAAGAGGGGCGCUGGGUAUCUGAGGAACCCUACGAGCUUUCCGACCACUUCCCUGCCGCUUCUAUCUGCCGUCUUCAGCAGCACCUGUCGGCAGGUGAGCACCAGCAGGACCUGUUCUCCGACCAGCCGGUGAUGUUCGUAUCCCCGCAGUCCCAGCCGCCCACUCGCAGCCUGGUGGAGCUGAUUCAGCUGUGCGGGGGCACAGUGUGCAAGACCGUGCGCCAGGCAGGCAUCUGCAUCGGAUUCCACAAGGGCAAGAAGCCGCAGGGGACCCGGAGUCUCUCUGAACAGUGGGUGCUCGAUUGUCUCACUCAUCUCAAGGAACUGCCAUAUGACAACUACGACUUGGACAGAAAAUCAGAGUGAAAGUUUUCACUUGAUGAGCCUACAUGCUUUUCAAAUAUGUGAAAUGCACAUUUAGUCAGAAUAUUUUGUUUUGUUGUUAUAUUUGAUACCACAGCAGUAGUAUUGUAUACAUCGACAUACCUUUACAUUUUAGGCAUUUAGCAGACGAAUUUUAAUCUUGAAUGACUGACGCAGCUUGCGUGUUUUUCAUUCAAACGAUUUAUACAAGUUGAUAUUUACUGAUGCAAUUCCGUUUAAAGGGAUAUUUCAUUUUGUUAUAACACAGUUAGUUUUGUGGCGCGAACCCCAUUUUAUUUGCGUUGCGUGAAUACUAGCAACAUCAGCUGUCCCUGCUGACCAUUAAGGGGAAACUGUCCAACCAAGGGGUAUUGCGCAUGUGCAUACCGCAAUCACAAUUUUCGGGACCUAGUCGAAGUUUUACAACACAAACUAACUACGGAGGAUAAUAGAUCGACAAAAAAGACUACUAACGUCAAACUGUCUGCUUUUUGAGCUGAUAAACUAUUUUCAGGUUUGAGUUAAGCUAUAAAUUGAGAAAUAUUUUCAGAUUGGCUAGGCUACUGCUGGUUUUAUUUUUUUUAAUGCACGCGCCAAUAGGAUACAUUAGUCAGUUAAAAUAAAAAAAUAUUAUUUUUCUUUUGUAAGGUAACAAAUCGAAAAUACAUCAGAUAUCCAAAAAACAAAGACCGUUUGACAUUAUUUUAUCGAUCUACUAUCUUUCGUAAUUCAAGGGUAGGGUCACAAUGCCUGCACUCCACCAAGUGAUCUGACUGCCUUGUUACAACCACUAGCCAGUAUGUUACACUGGAGCCUACACCUUUUUCCAUAUAUAUGGUGUUUCUAAAUUUUCUAAGAAAUAAUAUGUUUAUGGAUUUAAUUUUAAAAAUGAGAGAGUUUGGAGACACCUGUAAGAUAGAGAUAGACCUGUUAGUGUAAGUUGUUCUUCUGUGACUGCUUCCUUGUCCCCUGGGCUGCAGACAAUUUUAAUACUGUGGACGUGACAACAGGUCCACAUGAUGACACAUUAACAAAACCUAAUGCAGAAAACCAUAACAGACUUACUCAUCAGUCCGCAUUGACCAGUCAAACAGUGUUAAAAAGUUUCAUCAUCGGCUGGGUCAAGCUGAAAGACAUGCUACAUUUGAUAUUUUUCUGUGUUGUUUUCACGCAAUACAAUCUUGUUGCCUCUGGAGUGAAGGAAUUAUCUCCCUCCGGUUUUCACGUGUCUGCUGUAAGCUCUUCUUGCAGCUAUAUUUGUCUCAUUUUCUUGAAACAAAAUAUUUAGAAAAAAUAAAUAAGAAGCUUCUUUAUAC